GCGGCGCGGGCGCAGUGCGCACGCGCAGUCUGAAUGCCGCCAUCGCGGCGGGCGCCCGGCGGCUCCCACGGGCUCGGGGCAGCUGCGCAGGAGGUGGGUCCGGCCGGCUCUCCGGGCGCCGCGGCUCUCACUGAGCAGGUCGGAGGGCUUCGGCCCGCGGACGCCACGCAACUGCGUUUCUAGGUCUGGAACUGGCUGAGGUCAAAGCAUCCCGUCGUCCCUGGUGUCUUGCUCUUGGAGCCACAGUUGCGUGAACCUGCCCUCCACGACAGGUGCCCUGUCCCUGGCUAGCACCUGUCUGUGCAGGUUUGGAAAGAUGCUGCCUUUGGAGAAGGCAUUUGCCACCCCCAAGAGCUCCCCAGCUGCCCCAGAACUGCCCAUGCCAGGGUCGGCAGCCGGUAACCAGCUGGAGGAACCUGAGAACAACCAGGGGAGGAGGGCCCCUGCUGACCUCGAGUCGUCCCGCCUACACUUCCGGAACUUCCUCUACCAGGAGGCGGCUGGGCCCCAUCAGGCCCUGGCCCAGCUCCAUGGGCUAUGCCGCCAGUGGCUGCAGCCCAAGGCGCACUCCAAGGAGCAGAUGCUGGAGCUGCUGGUGCUGGAGCAGUUCUUGAGUGUCCUGCCUGACAGGGUCCGGCGGUUGGUCAUGGCGCGGCAUCCCGACAGCUGCAAGAAGGCAGCCUCCCUGGUGGAGGACCUUACCAAAGCCAUGGAGGAGCCGGGUGGGCCGGUGAGGGCCAGUGAGGACCCGGGACCCAGUGGGACACAGGCACCCCCCGAGCCCUCCCAUCCUGCUCCAGACCCUGUGCUUCCUGAGCAGGGGCGCCCCAGGGAGGAGAAGGCCGAAGAGGACAAGCCCAAAAAGCCUGAGCCAAAGAAGCUGAAGUUUCCGGAGAUGCCUCUCUACCUGGGGGAGUGGGGCCACCUGGAUCCGGCACAGGAGAACUCUAAGACCUACCGGAAACUGCUUCUGUGGGGGUAUCAGCUUGCCCAGCCUGAUGCAGCCUGCAGGCUGGAGCCCGAGGAACUUCGGCUGGUGGAAAGAGAGCCGCCAGAAGGCAGCGUCCCAGGCGGUGGGAGGCAGGACAGCAGAGAGAGCACGUGUGAGGUCCCCAGGUGUGAGACACUCAUGGAGAGGCUCACGAGGGAGAUUCUUGUUUGCCCCUUGACGGGCACUGCCCGGGAGGAGGCGGAGCAGCUGCAGAAGGUUCUGGAGCCUCAGGAGGUGGAGCCACGCCCUGUCAAGGUAGCCCAGAGGCAGUCAGUCAUCCGGGAGCCAGCCCAGGACAGGGGCGCAGCUGGGGAGGCCCUUACUGUGCCUGUAAUGCCAGCCACCCCACGUCAAGGCCAGGGAAGAAAGAGGCCCCACCCAGAGGAUGUGGGUGAGCGGGAUCCCAGCUGUGUCUCCAGCGCGAGCAGCUGCCAGCCAUGCCAGGUGAAGAAAGGGCCUCCUGCAGCCAGCCGCAGAAGAGGGGCCCUGACCAAGCAGGACCGGGGGGCCUGUGUCGUGAGUUGCUCUGCAGCUGUUGAGCCAGGCUCAUCCAGAGGGAAGCCCUACGCGUGCAGUGAGUGUGGGGAGACCUUUGCGUGGAUCUCACAUUUCAUCGACCAUCUCCAGAGCCACAGUGGCCGGAAGCUGUACCAGUGUCAGGGCUGCUGGAAGACCUUCCACUUCAGCCUGGCCCUUGCCGAGCACCAGAAGACCCAUGAGAAGGAGAAAGGCUACGGGUUGGGGGGGACCGUGGGCCCCUACCUUGCUGCAGGCGGGGCCCGUGCGGGUGGGAGGAUGGGCAGGCUCUCCGCGUACAUGGAGGGUGUGCCGUCUGAGGCACGUAGAUGAGCCACUGCACUGCAGGUGUCCCUGGAGAAGGACAGCUCCGCCUGCCUGGGAUUCCCAAGUAAUGUUUUAGGCUCCUUUGAAACCCUUGCGUGGCUUCCCGCAGUGUCUGUGGGCAUAAGUCUGCUUGUUUUCUAAAUGAGCUAAUGUGGCUGAUGCACUUAGAACCCCAGAAGGGCUCAUAGGAAGCCCCCGCCUCCUUGCAGACACACCCACACAAAACCUCAUGUGGGGCCCAGGCACCAGGCGUGAAGGCUCAGCUUUCUCCCGUGGCCAUUUUAGCACCACCCACACAUUGGAACAUCUGUUAUUGUGCAAAGUGUAGAGUUGCCUUAAAGUGCGUCAUCUAGCUCUGUCUUGAGUCAGCCAUGUCUCUGUUCCUCCUGGUGCAGCUCCCCAGGGCUGCUUUUCAAGUAGAAAUCUUGCCAGCUGUUUGGCCUUUUCACAAAUACAUUAUGUGAAGUUCACUUCUGAAUUCUCAAUAUCAAACCAUUUCCUAGUUAAACUCACAUGUCUUUACAUGUAUGGAGUGGCUUAAAAGAUCACAAGAACACUUGGAGCCUAGUCAUGCAAUGCUUUAAUACUGUGUGUCUCAUCUCAUUAGUGAAUUGUAAGCCAAAUUAGUGGGUGGCCAUCAGCAUUACAAAGCAAUGAAGUAGAAUAAAAUAGGUCAAAAUUCAUCAUGUAGUAAAGGCAGAUACUGUCUUGUGAAACUUUGCAGCCAUAUAUCUAAAUAUGAAAACGUUGUAAUGUAAAAUGUGUUUCUUACUUGGGGAUGGGGGGGCUCAUGAUCAGAACUGGUUGAAAACUAAUAAAUGUUAAUGACAUCUGUCUGCCUGGGCAAGAACUCCUUGGGCUGUAUAAAGUGAGCUUUUGUUUUCUGCAUCUGAUCUCAAUGAGAGCAUUGUUUCUGUUGCCUGUAACAACUAAUUCCGUUAGAGACAGAAACCGGAGCCUCUUUCUGUCACUGUUUGAGAAGGCAGUCUGUUGUAAUGUUGCCCAAAUCACAAGGGUCUAACAAUAAAGGAUUUAUUUCUUCACUCACA